CCUGAUGUCUGUGAGCACCAGUCUGAGACGCGCGGAUGCUCCAGCAUGCCUCCAGAAGCAGAGAAAGAACAAAAACACUGGAAUAGGUCUCCGGCUGCCUCUAGGCUCAGAGAAGCUGGGUCUUCCCACAGGAUCUCAAGUGUACUGUCAGCUGCAGAUACCUGCUCAGCUGGCUAAGCCUUUAACAUGGAAAGAAGGCUCAUAAAGAAGGAAAUGAAAAAGCUCUUGGGAGAUUAUAUUGGCAUCAGACUUCGGGAAAAUGAAUUUGACCCAAAAGGAAGAAGACAACUCACCUCUCUAGAUGAUAUGGCACACUAUGACUUGGCCAUCAGUGUUGCUUUGCAAUGGCUGCAUCCCUCAGAAGACGUAACUUGGUUGGAGUGGGAGGAACUGAAAAUGCCAUUCCGUGGCAGACCCACGUAUCCAAAUCGUAGAGAACGAGAAGCUAUGAUUUUAUCAUCUUAUGCUGGAAUCUUAAUGAACAGUAUCCCGAUUGAGGAAGUCUUUAGAAUUUAUGGGGCUGAUUCUUCUACCAAUUCUGGUACCAUCAAGGUUCCCCGAGUUUCAUCUCUCCGCCUCUCCUUGCACCCCUCUGCCAUGUUAACAGCACCCAAAGCAGCAGAAUACGCCCGCAAACAGAGUGUCAAGUCAAGAAAGGGAACAACAAAUAAAAAGGCCACCAGCAGCUCUACAAAGGAAGCAAAUGCCACGGAAUGGAAGUCAUCACAAAGGUUUUCAGACACACAGCCAAAGAACAAAGUCACUUAGAAAACUGGAAUUGUACCAUGGAACUUCAUAAUAGAUUCUCUGGGAGCAGAUGAGAAGCAUCAUCUUAAAACCACAGCUUUUGCCAGUACAUUUUUCUUUACAACUAGUUUUUGAUAUAACUGCAUUGAAGUGUUAUUUUUGAUGUUGAGCUUUCUUCUUUUAGAAGCAUAUUGCACAGCUACAUUUUGUUAAAAAAAAAAAAGCAUGAUCUUAUGCUACUUCAUUGUGACUGGCAGACUGCUGGAGAAUUCAGAGAGUAUAUAGUAUUUCUGUAUUAGAGCAAGCUGGCUUUGUAGCACAUUUUAUAAAUGUGUGGCAUUAAAUAUUGCACAGAGAUGGAGUGGGAGGCAGAUUUCCAAAGAGUUAAUCCAAAAUAAAAUUAAUCUGUCAUUGAUUGCCUUUAACUGUGUUCUCAUACGAAAAAAUUUUUAAAACUCAUUUCAAUAAAGCAUUAAAA